CGAGCACACUUUGCUGUUCGCAGCGAACGAGGACAGAGCUGUUUCACCCAGAGAAGCCACCGACACAAAGUCAUCCAUCCCACACCAUGAAGUUGCUGGUAGUUGCCGUAUUUCUGAGUCUCGCUGCAUACGCAGCGAGUCAGACGAUCAACUGUUUUCAGUGCGAGGCGGACGUGUCCGACUCCGUCACGGGCGGAAUAACCGGGAACAACAAGUGUCUCAAAAACGCCAAUAACCCGGACUCGACUGUGCAGACCGUCACUUGUCCAGCUUCGUCACAAUGCUACACAAAGAUCAAGACCGUUGCCAGGUACGCUUUCUCCAUCGAGCGGGGAUGCUGGGAUAACUAUGACGACAAGGGGGAUGCGGACAACUGUGCCAAUGCGGAGGACAAUGACUGUAACGGAGUUCUCAAGACGGGCACGUGCUUCAAGUGCUGCAACUCUAACAAGUGUAACGCUAACUUUGCACAGCUUACUGGAGUGAAGAACGCAGCAGCCGGACUGCACGUGCUGUCAGUGAUGGCGCUGUUACCGGUCGCUGUUGCCAUGUUCUUCUAAAGCAUCGGACUUAAAGUCUUAACCAGAUUCCUCCGGUUGACGGAAAGUUACUAGAAAUCGUUAAAAUAGAGCGAAUGAUUAUUACAGGUUGACGAAUAUCAAAACUGCAUUGCUUUCGCUAGGCCCCAUGGGCACCGCCAUGUUUUUGAAUUUGACAUUAUACAGCAGCCAUCUUGGUUCUAUUUCCGGAAUCCAUUUGACGUCAAGGUGGUUAAUGAGUUGUGCGGACCCCAUCACUACUGCAUCUUUCCUGACAUAAUCUCCAGGCAGAUUUACCGGUGCCAUAAGAUAGCAUCAAAGCUGGCCAAGGAGUAUAGCCGGCCAAAAGGAGUCAGUCUAGGUGCCGGACUGCCUCCUUUUGGUCAGCAAUACUCCUUGGCCAGCUUUGAUACCAUCAAGGAGGUUGAUACUAUCUUUUAGCAGCGGUAAGUCUGCCUGGAGAUUAUCGUGUAAUUCCAAACAAACGAAUGGACAUAAUCGUUGACUGGAACUCCUUGUUACCAAGUAGUAUAUUGAGACCAUCCUCAAUAUACACCUUUUAACAACGACUAAAAUAAAAGGAUCGGAGCAGAUAUUUGUAACUAACUUUUUUUUCCAUUCGCGCUGUAUUAACAUGUGAGUCAUAAUGCAAAUAAUCGCAAAGCAUUUUAUCACAAUGAUAUGUAGUAUAGUUUUGUACCGCUAGGCGACCCUUCUGCACUGUCUGAUGAUGUAUGUUUGUUGGGAGAUCUCAUACGAACGGACAUGCGGAAGACACAACGUGUGCAGAUACCAGUCUAUCUGGUACUUUACAUUAUUUACGUUGCUGUAUCAUAUUUGGGGGAAUCAAAUGCUGGAAUAAAAUCAUUGGCAUGGUGUGUGUGCAUGUGUGUGUGUGUGUGUGUGUGUGUGUGUGUGUGUGUGUGU